GGACAGAUUUGUCUGCUACACCGGCAAUGAGUGUGCUCGGGUGCGGUAUAUUGGGGACGAUAAGAUCAAGGACGGCAGGAAACAGAGGUGGGACGCAGGUACGACACAAGCAAAACUGAAGCACACCACCGCCCCAAGGACUCAGGGAACUCCUUCUCUCGUACUGUACAUUACCACGAAGCCGUAUCAACUCAGGUGACCCCGACACGUGGAGGAUUUCUGUGCGAAACAAGAAGUUUUUUUGUGGAACGCGCGGGUAUCAGACGACCAUUUUUUUGUUGAACCGGCUUCCAACAUGUCAGCUGUCAACAGAACGUGAGCUGAGUGAACAAAAUAGAAACGCCAAACCCGGACAUUACCGUCUUCGGCGCGAUUCUCCGAAGUAUGAUAACCAGAAGGACCUGGAGGCUUUAACCAAGUGUUUAAGAAUAUUUAUUAUUCCUACAUUUUCACUCAGUUGAACGGAUUUGGCUUGCAGCAGACGAAAGUGGCAAGAUGGUCCAGCAGUACCAGUCGCCUGUCAGGGUCUACAAGUACCCGUUUGAGUUGGUUAUGGCGGCGUAUGAGAGGCGCUUCCCGACAUGCCCACAGAUCCCAGUCUUCCUCGGCAGCGAGAUUCUGCACGAGUUCAAGAGCGAUGAUGGCGCCAUCCACGUCAAGGAGAGGAGGUGUAAACUCAACGUGGACGCUCCAUACAUACUCAAAAAGAUUGCUGGUGUGGAAGUGGUGUACUUCAUUCAGAAAAACUCCCUGGACAGGAGGGAACGCACACUCAAGAUAGAAGCUCACAACGAGAGCUUCGCAUCUAGAGUGAUCGUCAAGGAGAACUGUUUGUACUCCGUUCACCCAGAAAACUCAGAAUGGACGUGCUUUGAGCAGUGCGCCAGUCUUGAUGUUAAAAACUUCUUUGGUUUCGAGAGCACAGUGGAAAAAAUAGCAAUGAAGCAAUACAGCCAAAACAUAAAAAAGGGAAAAGAAAUCAUAGAAUUUUUCAUCAACGACCUGAGAAGCAAUGGUGUAACAUACGUACCUCCAUGGACCCCUCCUAAGCCUGUCUCCCCUAUUGAAGCCAAGCCCUCGAAGAGGGAACCGGAGCUGCAGGCCUCUGCGACAGUCCUGAGUUCCCCCAGCAGCUGUGACAGCAUCACCAGCAGCAGCAGCUACCACAGCGCUAACACUGCUGCACAGACACCUGUCUCACCCACAGUACCGGAUAUACCUGAACUCCCUCCAGACAUCAGGAUUGCCAGUGAAGACAAACUUGAUGCAGAUUAUAUUGAACGUUUCCUGGGCCACCUCACCCCUAUCCAAGAGUCCUACCUCAUUCAGCUGCGCAAGUGGAUAGCAGAGUCUCACAAAGGACAGGAAUCAGAUGAGAACAGUGAAGACAAAAAUGAGGACGAGGACUCGGAUUCGGAGGGAGACCCGCCGCUGGUUCCGAAGGAUUCCCACAUCCUCCGUUUCCUGCGGGCGCGAGAUUUCAACCUGGAAGAAGCGAGGAAGAUGCUGUGUAACUCCCUAGCAUGGCGGAAACAGCACCAGGUGGACCUGAUCCUGGACACCUGGAAGCCCCCCACACCCCUGGUGGACUACUUUGCUGGGGGAUGGCACUACUAUGAUAGAGAGGGCCGUCCCUUGUUCAUCCUGAGACUGGGACAGAUGGAUGUUAAGGGUUUACUGAAGGCAUGUGGGGAAGAGGCCAUCCUUCGACACAUCUUGUCUGUGAAUGAGGAGGGCUUGAGACGCUGUGAGGAGGCCACCAAGGCAAGGGGCUAUCCCAUCAGCACCUGGACAUGUGUGGUUGACCUGGAAGGCCUGUCCAUGCGUCACCUCUGGCGGCCGGGAGUCAAGGCCCUGCUGCGCUUCAUCGAGGUGGUGGAGGCCAACUACCCUGAGACGAUGGGGCGGCUGCUGAUCGUGCGGGCGCCGCGCGUGUUCCCCGUGCUCUGGACGCUCGUCAGCCCCUUCAUCGACGAGAACACCAGGAAGAAGUUCCUGAUCUACGGAGGCAAUGACUACCUGGAGAGUGGGGGGCUGGCCGACUAUAUCGACCCGGAGUACAUCCCCCAUUUCCUGGGUGGCACAUGCCAUUGUACCAUGCCAGAGGGAGGGCUGGUCCCCAAGUCCCUGUAUCAGCUGCUGGACAAUCUGUCCAUGAACGAUGGCCUGCCGUCUCUGUGUCAGGAAACCAUCUACCAACUGUCCAGCGUCAUCAAAGGAGCCCCACAUGAGGUCUUGGUGAACAUCGACGACAAGGACUCUGUGCUGACUUGGGACUUUGACGUGCUGAAGGGAGACGUGGUGUUCACGGUGCUGCGGUCCAGGCGGCCCCUGACCGUGCCCAAGGACCCGCCCGGCGCCGUGGGGGGGCCGCUGAACGUCCAGCUGCUGGACAAGUCCAUGACGGUGGGGGUGGACGUGAGCGUGGUGGAGACACCGCUCGUCUGCCAUGAGGGGGAGAGCAUUCAGGGUUCCCACGUGGCGCGGUACCCAGGUCCGUACGUACUGCAGUGGAAGUUCCACAACGCCCCAGUCAGCUCCUCCCUGCCACAGGCAGUCAAGGCCACGCUGCCUGACGUCUUCACCCACCACAAGUGCAAGGUCAUGUACUACCACGAGGUGCUGGCCUCCGACGACUUCAGGGGUUCGAUGACAAGUCUGCAAUCCAGCCAGAGUGGCUUCUCCUCGCUGAGUGUGGGCACCACAUCCAGCGCUCAGAGCAACAGCAGCCAAUCAGCAAACAGCUCCUGUCCAUCCAGAUGAUGAUGUCAGUCAGCCUGGUCCCUCCAGGAGUCCUCAUUAACUAUCAGUAAUUAAUUGAUUGAUUAAUUUAUACAGUACUAAUUAACUCACGUAAAAUUAGACUGCUGCGCUAAUCUGUGGUAGGAAAAUGUACGGUUGAAUUUGCUGAUUGUCUGCUGGAAAGGUUUUGUUUUUAAGCAAUGCAAGAUUUUGAAUGGCUUGCAUUUUUGUUGUGGAAAGCUUGCUCUUAAACUAUGAGGUCUUAAUAUGGAGUUAAAACUUUGUCCCAAUUUGUUACUGUCUUUGUGUGGUGCUUCUCAGGAUUCAGCAAUUGGAUGAACUCGGAAGAGGACUGCAGAAAGAGAGUCGUAAAGUUCAUGCAUUUACUGAUUGCGUUGGGACAAAGUUUUAGCUAUGCACUGUGUUACCCAUUAACACAGAUAAACUCUCAUGCUACUACAAGGGUUUUCAGUGUUUAAGCAUAGUCUGCAGCAGUUUCUAAGAUGUUGCAGAAGUUGCUUCGCGACUCAAAACAGAGAUUUCUGGGUUUACAAAAGUGUGGAAUAAUGAAAGUAUGCAUUGCAAGUGUGAAUGCAAACAAAAUUCUGCACUGUAGGUUACAUGAAGGGCCAUGGCUGGAGUUGAUUUAGAUCAUCAAAUAGUAAAUUUGAACAAUGUAACGAUGCAACAAUUACCUACAAGUCCUGUUGAGAGAACUCAACAUAGAUGCUUGAUGCUCUUGUCAACUUAGAUCUACUGAUACAGAAAAUUCAAAGUACUGAUCUUAGAAUAAUGCGAAUUAGUUGAUGAUAGGUCGUGAUGCAUGAUUGGUAGGAUAAAAAAAUCACAAAAUCCUUUAGUAAGCCAUAGAUUUUGGACUUUCACUAAGCCAACAAAAGUAAGAAAGCCUAACUUAAAUCAGUAGGCUGUUAGAGAUCAGAACUUUGAUGCAAGCCAAACCUGAAGACAAAAGGAUACUAAACAUAAAAGAUAGAAUAGUCUGUUAAGUGUAUGGUACAUUUGGUGGGAAAGCUGUUGUUUCUGGCCCUCUGUCUUGGUUGAUAAAUGGCUUGAAGUGGGCUUAAGAUCAACUGUACCAAAUGGUCCAUCCACUUGCAAGAAACAUCCUCAAACACAGGAGCUGCAAACAGUGUAUCAAGCAAAGCAGUGAUGCACGAAAUAUUGCUAUCAUAUUUGAGGUUCUAUAUAGCAAAAG